AUGUCAGGCUACUUGCCCGAUGGCACGCCGUUGAACAAGGCCGGCAACGCCAUCAACCAUCCGGAGACUAUCGGACCGGAUACACACACGCCGGGAUCGCCACUGCCUCGGGCCAUCUUCAGCAACUCCGUUGGCUACCUCCCUGAUGGAACACCUCUGAAUGCAGCAGGCAACGCCGUGAACCAUCCUGAGACCAUGCAGCCGGAUACACACAUUCCCGGUUCGCCGUUGCCGCCGUCCUUCUACGCUGCCGACACGGGCUACUUGGUGGAUGGCACGGACAUGUCCGUGGCAGGCAACCGGUCUGUUCAAGGCCCCCCACCUGCGGCUGCACCAGCAGCUGCGCCUGCACCGGGCGCAGCUGCUCCUGCCGCCAUGCCUGGCACUGCUUCUCUGACAAUGGAGGAAGUGAUCAGUGCCCAGAAAGGGUGGGCAGAUGCGAUCAAAAGCAUCUCAAGGACCUACUUGGACGGCGGAGAAUAUGUGGCAGUGGCCGCAAGUGCAGCCGGCGAGCUCUACGGAUACGGCCACGGCAACGUGCUUUUCAAGCCAACCAAAGCCAAGGAUGUUCAAUUCCGGCCUGAGGCGGAUCAGGCCAUGUCCUACUUCGUAGGCGCCGACGCUGUGACUGGUGGCAUCUCGGAGGACCACGGCUUCGCAAUCAAUGGCGGCAAGGGUUGGUCCGACGUGAUGUUCGACAACCACCAGAUCGACUUGCACGGCAAUCUGGCACUUGCCAUGGGUAACUACAUCUUCACAUCUGCUGAGGACCGAAGCAUCAGCAAGGUGGAAUACACGUUCGGCUACAGGAAGUGUCAGGAUGGCAAAGUGCGCAUUUGUCUUCACCACUCGUCCGUCCCAUAUGAGCACACCGCCGCACCAGUUUCCAUGGAGGAGGUGAAAGCGGCCCAGAGAGCAUGGGCGGAAGCAAUCAAAAACAUUUCGAAGGCAUACUUGGAGGGUGGGGACUAUUUGUCAGUUGCCAAUCGUGCGGCCACUGAUCUCUAUGGCUAUGGCCACGGAAAUGUCCUCUUCAAGCCAACCAAAGCAAAGGACAUGCAAUUCCGCCCUGAGGCAAACCAGGCCAUGUCUUACUUCGUCGGCAACGACGGGAUGGGUGGUCAUGGAAUUGCUGAGGACCACGGCUUCGCAAUCAACGGCGGCAAGGGUUGGUCAGACGUGAUGUUCGACAACCACCAGAUCGAUUUGAACGGAGAUCUGGCCCUUGCUAUGGGCAACUACUUCUUCAGCGACAUGGAUGGCGGCAUCCACAAGGUGGAGUACACAUUCGGAUACAAGAGGUGCCUCGACGGGAAAGUACGUAUUUGUCUCCACCACUCGUCCGUGCCAUAUCAGGGAUCUCCCGAAUCCGCCGAGUCUGGACACAUGAGCAGCAUUUCUGCUACGCCUAUGCCCGUGGCGGCCGCAUUUGUGGGAUCGUCUGUCCCGGCAAGUGCCCCAUUGCGCCAUUCUAUGGGUUUCGCGUACUCCGCACAGAAGGAUGCCUAUGCAGACUUGGAGUUUGGCAAUGAUGUUGGCUAUUUGCCGGACGGCACACCCAUGAACAUGGCGGGCAACUGCAUCAAUCAUCCCGAGACCAUUGGACCAGACCCACAUACACCAGGAUCGCCCCUGCCUCGAGCUCUCUUCGUGAACGACGUGGGGUACUUGCCCGAUGGCACACCCCUGAACCAGGCAGGAAACGCCAUCAACCACCCCGAAACCAUUGGAGCCGAUCCUCACUCUCCAGGGUCACCUCUUCCAGCGGCACAAUACGCUGCGGAUGUGGGAUAUCUUGUGGAUGGCACACCCUUGGAUUCCGCGGGCAACAAUGCAAUUCACUAA